GACAGUACACGUCACGUAACACAUCAAAUUGACACUUGGCAAAAUUUGAGGUUAGCUCAAAAGUAAAUAUGAAACGGGGAGCAUUUGGAUAAAACCAUAUUGUCAAAAUGAUGCGGAUCUUAACCAUUUGGUUCCAAUCGUUAAAUUUUCUGUGAUAUACAAUCCACCACAUCGGAAUAGAUGAAUACCACCUCAAUACAUAUGAAUCUUAUAGACGAAGACGAAAUGGUCGCAACAAAAGAUUGGAGGAAAGCUCUAAGGGCUCAGCCAGCAUAUCGUGUGGUAAAUAGGACUAUACGUGGGCAAACGCUGUUCACGUGGACCGUCGGAUUAACAGGAUUAUUUUUUCUAAUUUAUUUUUACGCAAAUUCAACCACACGAUCUUCUAGCAGGGUCUUACGGAGUAGUGACUACAAUUAUACCUAUCCACUGACUAGGCCUAUCAAGACUAGUAAUAUGCAUAGGUUCAAAAUAGGAAUAAUAGCAGAUUUAGACACAAAUUCCAAAAGUGAUAAAGAAAAAAACACAUGGGUUUCUUAUCUAAAAACUGGAUACCUCAGUUAUAAUCCUCAAAAGAAAACUGUAACUGUAGCCUGGGAUCCAAAAGAGCCUGAAGUAUUGAAGACAAGUUAUGCCUUAAAAGGACGAGGGUGUGAAUUGUCAGAAUUAGUGACAUUCAAUGGCAAAUUGCUCACAUUUGAUGAUCGAACAGGGAUUGUUUUUGAAAUUGUGAGGAACGAUGUUAUUCCGUGGGUUGUGCUUAUGGAUGGUGAUGGACAGAAUCAGAAAGGAUUCAAGUCAGAAUGGGCAACAGUUAAAGAUGAAGUAUUAUAUGUAGGUUCCAUGGGUAAAGAGUGGACUACUCCCAGUGGAGAAUUUGUUAAUAAUAACCCUCAGUAUGUCAAAAUGAUUGACACCAAGGGAACUGUGAUUCAUGUCAAUUGGGUGGAAGAAUACAAAAGAAUCAGAGAAAUCCUAGGUAUCCACUGGCCAGGAUACAUGCUACAUGAAAGUGGUGUAUGGUCUAACAUUCACCAGAGAUGGUUCUUUUUGCCGCGACGUUGUAGCAAAGAACCUUACAAUGAGAUUCUAGAUGAGAGAAAAGGAUGUUCAGUAUUGAUCUCAGCUGACAGGGAUAUGCAUGAUGUCAAAUAUCUAGAGAUAACUAAUUCUCGACCAACGCGGGGCUUCUCCAGCUUCAAAUUCAUCCCCACUUCUGAUGACCAAGUGAUCGUAGCCUUGAGAACUGAAGAGCUAGAGGGCGCCACUUCUACUUACGUCACAGCCUUCACCGUGGAUGGCGAGAUCCUAUUGGACGAUAUCUUCAUCGCAGAUGCCAAAUACGAGGGAUUCGAAUUCAUUUAGCAUUCCUCAUUUCACACUGAUGGUGCUGUACAAAAGUUUCUCUGUAUAUAUUGUUAAAUUUAUUUGUUUUUUUAUUAAAUAAAUGUCAAAAGACUUAUUUUUGA